GGCCUGUCUAGGUUCCGCGGCCGGGUUCUGGCCAGCACCCGACUGGGAGUCCAGGCCUUUCCUGUUUCUGAGGGGGUGGGCCGGGAGCAGCCUUCGGGUCCCCUUCACCCGCUUUCGGGGCCUGGGAGCGGGCCCCGGCGGGGUUGACCACUCCUGAGGACGCAGCUGGGGCAUCGACCAUGGCACUGCUCUCGGCCGUCGGGGGCGCGACCUGGCAUUGCUGCGGUCGCCUCCUCACGCGUCCUUUCUCCCAAGCGGUGGGGCGUGGAGAACGGCCCGGCGGGGAGGAGCUAAGCCGCCUGCUCCUGGAUGACCUGGCGCCGACUCCGCGGCCGGCCGGGGGGCUGGAGCUUCUGUUUGGCCUGUCCCCGUGUCUCCUGGCUCUGCGGGCCGCCCGCCGCCGCGUGGCCCGGCUCCUGCUCCAGGCCGGUAGGUCCGGGCUGCAGGGGGAGCGGGCCGAGCUGCUGCGCGCGGCUGAGGCGCGGGACAUCCCGGUUCUGCGGCCCAGACGGCGGAAGCUGGACGUCCUGUGCCGCUACCAGGUCCACCAGGGCGUCUGCAUGGAAGUGAGCCCUCUGCGGCCCCGGCCCUGGGCUGAGGCCGGGGAGGCUCGGCCAGGAGACGACCCCCAGCGGCUGUGGCUCGUCCUCGAGGGGCUACAGGAUCCCCGGAAUCUUGGGGCCGUGCUGCGCUCCGCUCACUUUCUCGGAGUGGAUAAAGUCAUCACCAGCCGGAGAAACAGCUGCCCGCUCAGUCCUGUAGUCAGCAAGGCCAGCGCCGGGGCUAUGGAGGUGAUGGACGUGUUCUCCACUGAUGACCUGGCCGGUUUUUUACAGGCCAAAGCCCGGCAGGGCUGGCUCGUGGCUGGCACGGUGGGCUGCCCGGGGCCUGAGGUCUCCCUGUCUUCUGAGAUCCCCAUCACUAGUUGCUUGGAGUUCCUCUGGGACCGGCCUACUCUUCUAGUGCUGGGGAACGAGGGCUCUGGUCUGUCCCGGGAGGUGCAGGCCUCCUGCCAGCUUCUCCUUAGCAUCCUGCCUGGCCGGCAGCUGCCUCCUGGACUCGAAUCCUUAAAUGUCUCCGUGGCUGCAGGAAUUCUUCUUCACUCCAUUUGCAGCCAGAGGAAGGGUUUCCCGGUGGAGGGGAAGAGAGAGCUACCUCUUCAAGACCCCCAAGAUCCCUCGGCCUCGUCUGAAGUGCCCAGAAUGGCUCGGCAUCCAGGACUGUCCUCGGGAUGAGAAAAGGAGAGGCAAGACGGGGGUUGACUUGGACCGUCCGAGGUGUGUGUGUGCUGUGGGGGCACACACAUUCACACGCUUGAAUGUGCCGGGGUCUCUUGCGUUCUUGCCUGAGUGUGUGCACCCAGGCCCAUGUUUAUAAACUGCUCUCCCAGGGCUGGGAGCUUUGUGGUGGAGACCAGAGGAAGUUCAGUUUCCCCUUUUAGCUUUGGACUUGGAAUUGGAGAUGGCAGCUUGUUAAUUUCCAGGCUGUGCUGGGACAGAGGGUCUCUUUCUUUCCAGGCCCUGCCUGGAAGUCAAGGGGAAGUUCACACAUCAGAAGGAAAUCAAGCAGCCCAGUCCAGGGGUCCUCUUCCUCUUGGACCAGCGUGAGAAUGUAGAGGGAAGCCCGGGGCUCUCUUGUGGGCCAGACAGGUGCAAAUCUAGGCUCAAACCCGACCCUACUGGGGCCUUGUGCACAUGGCUUCAUCUUUUUGUGUCUUGGGGCCCUUGUCUCCACCUCUCUCACAGGACUGUUGUGAGAAUCCAAUAAAACAUCACCUGGUAUCCAGCAGGCCCUCAACCAGUGAGCCAUUAUAUCUGAUUUCUCCAUUAGGUGGCAGCCUCGCUCUUUGGUCCAUAGUCUUCGGGCCGCUUUCACAGCCACCUGGGGAGAUUCCUGGCUGUGGCCCUCCCCCUCCCCACCCCCAGAGGCAGGGGACUGAUUAGCAAAUACCUCCCAUCCUACUGGCCCACCAGUAACCCCCAUGGGUGAGUCAUCAGUCAGUCUGCCUCUGUGGAGGGACCAGAGCCAGAGCCUUGGCCUUUGAUUCUGGGAGGUGGUGAGGACCUCGCAGCAUUGCUGUUUAUUGUACAACCCAGACAACUCUGGUACUCCUCCCCCAGGGUCCCACAAGUGGAGCAGAGGCCACUAGGAUAAGUAACUUAGAGCAGUGUUGGCUGCACAUUGGAACCACCUGGCAAGCUUUAAAAAACAAGUGGCACUGGGGACCCACCCCUCCCAGCCUGAUGUAAUUGGUCAGUGUGCAACAUGAACAUCUGAAUUUUUAAAGCUUCCCAGGUGGGUUUCAUGUGCAGCCCAGACUGGGAACCACUAGUUUUCUCAGCCUCAGCAAUACUGACAUUCCGGGCUGGAUAACUGUUGUGAAGGCCUGUCCUGUGCAUUGUAGGACGUUUAGCAGCAUCUCUGGCCUCUGCCCAGAGGCCCAGAUGCUGGUAGCACCUUCUCCCCCUAGUUGUGACAACCAAAAAUGUCUCCAGACACUGCCACGUGUCCCCUGGGGGACAGAGUCGCUCCUAGUUGAGAACCAGUGCUCUGGAGCAUGGAUCUGGAGCACAGCAGCCCUAGGGGCGGAUCCCGAUGCUGUGUGACCUUGGCCAUUUCCUUACCCAUCUGUGCCUCAGCCCCCUUCUCAGUCAAAGGGGGAUAAUCAUACCUUUUUGGGUGGCCGGGAGGAUAUAGAGGGUGAUAGGAACUCAGUGCCUUACACAUCAUAGGUGCUUGGUAAGUAGUACUGCCCUUUUCUCUGUGGAAUGGAUUUAUCUUGGAAUUCUAAUGGUGAUGCCAGUUUAGAAAGACAUUUGAAUUUGUUUUAAAAAUGCCUAAGAUGGCUUUAAAUUCAAAGUUAUUCCUCUCAAGUAGGAGGAAGAAAUCCCUUCAUAAAUGCCAUAGAUCUCCAUUGCCUGGGUCCCCCCUUGAGCUCUGUCC